CGAAACCGUCAUAAAAAUACUAAACCCGAAAACAGGUCGACCGAUUUCACAGAUAAGGUUUAAUCGAGAUUGUGCUGGGCCUAUUUUACUCCGCAGCAUUGCGCUCCGGUACUAACGGUUGGACAGUCGGGACAAGCUCAGUAGCUGCCCGUGAGCAAAUUCCACAACAUCGUGACAUCACCGUCUGCAGCUGCCUGUGAGCUCGUGCGCAAUCUGGCGCUGGUCAAACCUGUUAAAAAGCACGCAUUAUUAUUUAUUUUCACAUUUACGGAUUUAAAAUAUAUCGCAACAGGAGAAGUUGAAUGUCAGAAUUAGAUACGUGAGGAGGGUCAUUUUGUGUUGUCAUCAACUGGGGCGCAGCAGAAAUAAUGGAGUCACCAGCAGGCGAAACACCGAGCGAGGCAGAGUGUGCUGUGCCUGUGGAUCCCUCUCUCCCUGAAUUGAGGCUGGUGCUGCUUGGGAAGACCGGUGUGGGGAAGAGCUCGGUGGGGAACACCAUCCUGGGACGGGCUGCGUUCCGAGCCGAAAUGUCGCCCCGUUCGGUGACCAGUCAGUGCGAGAGGCAGAGGGGAAAUGUGUCCGGGAGGGUCGUCACGGUGAUAGAUACCCCGGGAUUCUUCGACACCCGUCUCUCUAGCCAGGAGGUGCUGGAGGAGAUGGCCCGGUGCGUUGUCCUCUCCGCUCCGGGACCCCAUGCCGUGCUGGUGGUUCUGCAGCUGGGCCGCUUCACACAGGAGGACAGGGACAGCCUGCAGUGGGUCCGGGCCACUUUCGGAGAGAGCGCCUCGGGGUACACCAUGGCCCUGUUCACAUGGGGGGACCAGCUGAGAGGGAAAACUAUCGAGGACUUCCUGAAGGAGAGCGAGGAGCUCCUGGAGUUUGUGGGCAGCUGCGGCGGCGGGUAUCACGUUUUUGACAACAGUGCGGCUGGCGAGAGGAACCAGGUCACAGAGCUGCUGCAGAAGGUGGAGAGGAUGGUGGAGGGGAACGGAGGGGGCUGCUACACCAAUGUCAUGUACCGGGAGGCGGAGCAAGCCAUCCGGCAGGAACAGGAGAGGAUGAGGAGAGAGAGGGGGGCGGAGCUACACCAAAAGGGGGAGGAGUUGAGGAAGUGCCAGGGGGAGGACACGGAGAGGGUGAAGCAGGAGCUGGAGGAAAGGAGAAGGGAGGAAGAGAGGGAGAGAAAGAGAGCUGAAAAGCUGUUCUGGUGUGAGCUGGUGACGGCGAUGGGGAAGGGGGCAGCAGAGGGGGCUGGUGUGUUGGGUAAAGGGGGUAAAAAGACAAAAGCAGUGCAGAAGGCAGUGGCCAUCGCCUCCACACCCCUCUCACUGACCUCCGCGGCCAAAGUGGUGGGAGGAGCCAUGAGGGAGGGAUGCAAAGUGCUUUCUAAACAUCGCAAAAUGCUCCCACACUGAAACACCGCUAAGCGCUUCCACACUGAAACACUACUAAACGCUCCCACACUGAAACACUACUAGACGCUCCCACACUGAAACACUACUAGACGCUCCCACACUGAAACGACACUAAAUGCUUCCACACUGAGACCGCUAAAUGCUCCUGUACAGACACCCCUAAAUGCUCCCACACUGAAACACUACUAGACGCUCCCACACUGAAACGACACUAAACGCUUCCACACUGAGACCGCUAAAUACUCCUGUACAGGCACCCCUAAAUGCUCCCACACUGAAACACUACUAAACGCUUCCACACUGAGACCGCUAAAUACUCCUGUACAGACACCCCCAAACGCUUCCACGCUGAAACAACACUAAACGCUUCCGCACUGAGACCACUAAACACUCCCACACUGAGACUACUAAACGUUCCUGCACUGAGAACAGAAAACGCUUCUGCACAGAGAUCACAAAACGCUUAACUGUGACAGCGCUUAAUGCCCCCACACUGAGACCACAAAAUGCUCAUAUUCAGACACGCACUGAAAGUGCUAAACUGUUAAAUGUUCUCGGCAGCGCGUCCUUGACCAGACAUGCCCACGGCCCCUCACAUCAACCCUACUCCCGUACAUGUUUUACAAUGUGGUCAUACAGUUAUGCAAUCAUACUGUGUGAUAUAUAAAUAUUACAUUUUUCACAAAUUUAGGCCCUUGAGUGCACUUUAAAUUUUCAGAGGUGUGUGUUUGAGUAAAUAAUCUGUUGGGAAAAAAUGGUGCAGAGUCCCACAUGUUCCUGAAGCACAGUUUCUCAAAAAAAAGAGGCUUUCGCACCCCUGCCGGGCCUCUUUGCACAGCAACCUCCAGCCCUUUGGCGAUCCUGAUCCCCAUCACAGCUCUUCUUGUUUCUCAGCACUGAAAAACUGCCCCACCCGGGAUCUUUCAGAGCCCCUGCUUUUCAGACUCAACCUUAGCUUGCUGAACCGGCACACUUCCCUCUGCAGGCUCUACAUACGGUUUAUUUAAACCAGCAAGGUGUGAUUUAUAGUAGUUUUCCUUAUUUCGUUGUUAUACAUCUAUUACUGUUGUUUUAGUUCAUCACUAAGGUACCAGUCCACGAUGGUUAUUUUACUGCAGCACUAAUACGUAUGCACAGUGACACCGUUAAAAUUAUGCCACAGGCGGCUUCUGCACCUAUAGCAGUGCUACUCAUCCUAUCCGUUAAUCAGCACGUCUCUCUUGGUAAGAGGGUGUGAUAAUGAAUAGAUGUGGGAAAAGCACACUCGGGUCAGAGCGCUGGAGGAAGAGGGAGGGAUUCGCUGCCGAAGAAGAAAGGGCUGAUUCUCUAAAGGAGAGGCAGAGCUAAAAAGGGUGGCGGGUAAGCGAAACGCCACGGCACAUGCAGAGAUAGAUUAUCAGUUCAGACCUGCUGACGCAUUCAGACGAGAUCCUGGUUCUGCCAUCAUUUAUUUACAUAAAUGGGAGCAGCAACGCAGGGGGAUGUAUAUGGUAACUAUGGUAACUACACUGUGCACAGCAGAAAACACACCUGUGGCUAAUGAGAACUGCCUCAGCCGGAUCAGCUACUGCCAAAUCACUUAAAAUAAACAAAGAAAAGUAACAUUCAUGUCCGCAAUGGCAAGGACACUUAAGGUGCAGGUUUUUGUUUGAUUGUCAAGUUAACGUUUGUCCAAGGGGGGGGGGGGUUGCGUGGGGAUGGUGUUAAGGGGUCAGAGGCCAGUGCUUCUAUAGGUGUAGGCUACUCUACGUGUACCUCCAGACCGAGGGUCCGGCUAGGAGAGGGACUGGUCUGAUCUGGAGCUGGCCUUUUAACACCUAGGCCGACGGCAAACAACCCUGCUCUAAACUGAGAUAAUAUACCCAAAAAGACUGGGCAGUCAGAAGCAGUGGCGUUUCAUCCGCCCAGUAAGCAAGCACUGGGUGUCCCUCAUUAAAUAAGGAACCAGUGGCUAACACACACCCCAUACGCCCUGCAGUCUGGGCACACUUCUCAGCAGUUACAGUACAGUUACAGUGAAAGCAGGAAGCAAAUUUAUCUGAAGCAGGUGGUAGGAAUUAUGGGAGGCAGAGUUUAUGUGGGGCUUUGUAAGAAAUGUGUACAGGUCUUCCACAAAGCAAGUUCUUCACAUGAAUAAACAGUCCAUCAGCUUCAGAAAGGGGUGAUUACAUUUUUUAAAUGGUGCACCAAUGUCCUCAUAAAGAAGUGUAUACAAAACAUAGGAUUUGUAUUUAAAUGACCCAGGCAUAUACUUCAAUCCUACAAUGUGUUCAUUGUGUGAAAUCACCAAUAAAGUAAUACUUGGCAAAGUAUAUUACAAUAUUGUGUCUGAGAACCCCACAAAUGCGUAUUUGUUGGAAUAAAUUGAAUAUUGAAGACCCAG